AUGCAGUCCUGCCUCAUUCUCGUCGGCUUUGUCCUGUCCAUGGCUAAAGCCCAAGAUAUCCCCCCUUCAGAGGCAUCUUCUCUUAGUGAAUCCUGUGACUCCCUGUGUUCAUGCGAGGGCAAAGAUGGCAUCUUGUAUUUGAACUGUGAGCAGCGAAACAUAAGCAAAAUCUCCCAAAUCAAAGUCCCGGCAGGCGUACCCUUCCACCUGAACCUCUACAAAAAUGAUUUGGUUGAGCUGCGUGCCGAGGAGAUGGAGGGGCUUAAGCAUGCCCUUUCACUGCACAUUGGGGGUAAUAGCAUACAAGAGUUGGAGCCAGGGGUGUUCAGUGCUCUCGGAUCACUGAAAAAACUCCACAUAAACAGCAAUUUCCUCGUCACACUGAAAGAGGACACUUUUCAAGGCUUGGUGAAUUUAGAGUUCCUCCAAGCUGACACCAAUUUUAUCCGGGUCAUCGAGCCUGGGGCUUUCAACAAACUGAUCCGUCUCAAAGUCCUAAUCCUCAACGAUAAUUCCAUUGAGUUUUUGCCCAACAACAUCUUCCGCUUCGUGCCCCUCACCCAUCUCGACUUAAGGGGCAAUAAGCUUCAAACUCUCCCCUACGUUGGAUUCUUGGAGCAUAUUGGGCGCAUCAUGGAACUACUUUUGGAGGACAACGACUUUGUGUGUGACUGUGACCUUUUGCAUUUAAAAAUCUGGAUGGAAAACAUGCGUGCACAGUCGGCGUUAAGUGAUGUCGUCUGCAGUCAUCCACACCAACUUAAAGGUAUUAUUCUGGCCAAAGUCAAACGAGACGUCCUAUGCCCCUCCCACGCUGAAAUCAACUUAGAGGAACCUUCUAAGUCACUCGAUAUGGUCGUCACCCCCUCGUCCAAGAAUCAAAUUCCCAAGCAAAGUGACGCCAAAGACGAUUCCAAGAUCCCCAUGCCAUCUCACCUUCCAGGCAGUCCUUGUGUCGAGUACUGCGCCUGUCAUAAUCAUCCUGUGACUGGGUUUUUGAUGCAUUGUCAAGACCGGGGCAUCCAAGAGGUGUCGGAUAUCGGGAUUCUCCAGCAAAGCCCCACUAAGCUGGUUAUGACUGGGAAUAUGAUCCAAAAACUGCGCAAGUCGGACUUUGUUACAUACGAUAGUUUGGAGUUGCUGAACCUUGCCAACAACAGAAUUGACUACAUAGACAAUGAGACGUUUCUGAGCUUGAGCAGCCUGAAGAAGCUCUAUUUGAACGGAAACAGAAUUGAAAAACUCUUCUCAACCAUCUUCGUUGGCCUUCAUAAUCUUGAAUUCCUUUACCUGGAAUACAACCUCCUCAAAGAAAUUGCGCCCGGUACAUUUAACCCUCUACCAAAUCUGAAACUUUUGUCUUUGAACAACAACCUCCUGAGCUCUUUACCACCCCAAAUUUUUCGUAACGUCCCUCUCAACAAAUUAAACUUGCGUAAAAACUUACUCAUGCACCUGCCAGUGAGCAAUGUACUGGACCAACUUGACUCCUUGGAGCAGAUUUAUUUAGAGGACAACCCUUGGGACUGCAGCUGUGACUUGCUCAGCUUAAAACAAUGGGUGGAAAAACUGAAAAAGGACACUGUGGUAGGCUCUAUUGUGUGCCACACUCCAAAGAAAGUGGUACAAUCUGAAUUGAGGAGCCUACGCCAUGAGAUGCUAUGUCCAAGCUUGGGAACAUACUACCCCAUUGAAGAGGACGCAGUUACCACCACUCUCGGCCCGGACAACACUGGAAGAGGUUUGCUGACUUCCUUGACAGAGACUGUACCACUAUCAGUACUAAUAUUAAGCAUGCUAGUCUUUAUUUUGAUGAUAAUAUUCUGCUCUGCCGGACUGGUGGUGUUCGUGGUGCACAGGAGACGAAGGAGGGCUAAGAGAAAGGCAUUGGAAGAGCAACCACGAGAAAAUUCAAAUAGCAGUCCUAUCCAUUUACACUAUAGCAUGUACGGGCAAAAGACGACGCACCAUACGCUAACCCAACGCACGGGGUCUUCUAGUUUGUAUGAGGAAAGAUCCCACAGUCCUAUCGUCCAAAUUUGCCGCAACCCUACUUACUGUGCCCAACACAAGGAGCACGACAGCGAUAUGGAUUACAGCCUGGAAGAUUCUGGAAUGAAACACCAAGUUUGUCGGAGCAUCAUGGAAAAGGAGAACACUUCUCCUCUCACCGGAAACCCAAAAUUCAGGUCGUUGCCUGGAGACUGCCCCGCGGAGUUUGUCACGCUGGGAAAUCCGAAUUCCCUUUACAGAAACAUUUUCGAGCGGGAAAAGGAGCUACAGCAACUGGGGAUUACAGAGUAUCUUCGGAAAAACAUGCCCCAGCUUCAGUCGGCGGUGGACAUGCAGGUCCCGGGACAUCAGGAAGAGUUGAAGCUCAUGGAGACAAUUAUGUAUACAAGACCACGCAAGGUGAUGCUUGAGCAAACUAAGAACGAGUACUUUGAACUCAAAGCAAACUUGCACACUGAACCGGACUACUUGGAGGUCUUGGAGCAUCAAACUCCUUUUAACUAA